AUGAUGUUCACCAAUACAAAGACCGCUGCCUUAUCCCUGUUGGCCGUCCAAGCAAGUGCAAAGACCAUCCAGAUUGCCGUUGGCAAAGAUGGCCAGGUCUUUACACCCAACUCCGUGACGGCUGCCAAGGGAGACAUCUUGGAGUAUCACUUCUACAAACAACACAGCGUCGCCAUGGCGGAUUUUGCCAGCCCUUGCGCCCCUGCUGCCAAGGGCGGUUUCUUCUCUGGUGUGAUACAGGUCUCUGGAAGCGGAGCCGGCCCAAAUGUUUUCCAGGUCACCGUGAACAGUACUGAUCCUGUAGCCUUUUACUGUACCGUCGCUAGCCACUGUGCGAACGGCAUGGUUGGUGUCGUCAACCCGUCAUCAACUGAUUCCCUGGACAAGUUGAAGACCGGUGCAAAGAAUUCCCAAAGCAAGGCUCCUCCCUCGAUAUUCGGUGGCAAGAUUGCCCAGGCGUCCACAAAUACAUCGGGCUCUCCUACAGGCACAGCAUCUGGUCCUCAAACCUCUAAAACUGGAGCAGCGUCACAUAUGGAAGCUUCUUUGGGAGGUAUUGGCGCUGCGGCUCUUGGAUUCGCCGCAAUGCUGGUGUAA